ACAAGUUUUUGCGGAUCUUCCAACCGCUAUUUCCGAACCUCAAAGUCAGGCAUCUGGCAUAGAUGAUUCCGUUCACGGGAUAUACUUUUCCACUUUUGUUUGUUUGCAUUUCAUUGAUUAAUGAAACAGAAAAUGAUAGGGAGAUUGAGUGCAAUAGAGAGCAUCUGAAAGUGUUUCUUUUUAACUCAAUUUUGUAAACGGGUUCUAUUGCAGCAGAAAGAAUGACAAUUAUGAGUACAUUGUCCAGUUUAAUACACCAUAAUCCACUUAAUUCGAAGACACCCACUAGUUUAUUCUGUUCUUCAAUCAGGAAAAAUCAUACUUUUUCCAUCAAAUUCCCAUUUUUACACAAUACCCAUCUCCCUUCUCAGGUAGGUAUUCAGAAAGUGGCAAGGUCACCUGGUUUAACGUUAGAAAACAUGAAAUGGCCUUCACCUGAUGAUGAAAUCCCUUUCUGGGAAAGUAGGAUUACUACAUCUGAUGUGACUAUAGAAGCUCCUCUUAGUGCAGACAACGAUUCAAAUCUUACGCAUAUAGUUCAUGUUACGGCUGAAAUGGCACCCAUAGCUAAGGUGGGCGGUCUUGGAGAUGUGGUAACUGGACUUGCUCGUGCAUGUUUGUCACGUGGUCAUACUGUGGAUAUUAUGCUUCCUUUCUAUGAAUGUCUCCCAAAGCAGCAGAUGACUGAAUUGAACUUAAUCUGCACAUUUGAUUCUUACCAUGAUGGAAACUGGGUUCCAACAAAUGCAUAUCGUGCUGUAACUUCAGGUAUCCCUGUAAUUUUAAUUGAGCCAACCAAUCGAUUCUUCAAAGGCCCGAGAAUAUAUGGAGGUUCAUAUGAUGAGCUUGAAGCAUAUUUGUUUUUCUGUCGUGCCUGUCUUGAGUACAUGCAGGUGACUGGUACACAGCCAGAUAUUAUUCAUGUACAUGAAUGGCAGACAAGUGCACUAUCUUUGCUUUACUGGGAUAUGUAUCACCGCCUUUCACUUAAGAAACCAAGAAUAGUAUUGACCAUCCACAACAUGGAGCAUUAUGGAGAGUGCCGAAAAGAACAAUUUGGAAAGUCCGGUCUUGAUAGUGAUGUUUAUGCAACUGCUGACAAGGCUGUGGACGACAGAACUAUUGGACAUAAUCCAGAGAGGUUGAGUUUACUCAAAGGGGGUAUUGUAUACAGCAAUGCAGUUGUCACAGUCUCACCAUCCUAUUUGAAGGAAACACUCAGCUCCGGUUGGCUUUCAAGCAUUCUGAUCAAAUACCGUGACAAGUACAAUGGUGUUUUAAAUGGCAUUGAUACUGCCUUGUGGAACCCCGCCACUGAUCCUUUCCUGCCGUCCAAGUUCGAUGUGCAAAGUCUUGAUGGAAAGACCAUAUGCAAAGAGUACGUCCAAAGAGGACUUGGGUUGCCCACAAAAGAUGUUGGAGCUAGUACCCAUGUCAAAGACAAGAAACCAUUGGUUGUGUGCAUCACACGAUUAGUUGCUCAGAAAGGUCUUCAUUUGAUCCGCCAUGCAAUUAAACGUGUUGAAGAACUAGGUGGGCAGAUGGUUGUAUUGGGAAGAGCCUCAAAUGGUCAAGUACAAAAGGAAUUUGAAGGCCUUGCAACUUUGCAUAACCAAGGUCCGAGCAUUCGGAUACUUUUGAUUUACAGUGAGGAGUUGUCACAUAUGCUCUACGCUGCUGCAGACAUGGUCUUAGUUCCUUCCAUUUACGAGCCUUGUGGCCUUGCUCAGAUGAUCGGUAUGCGCUACGGAGCGGUUCCCAUUGUGAGGAGGACGGGUGGUCUUGCAGAUACAGUUUUUGAUAUGGACGAUCAAUCUAACCAUGAGAUUUCUAAUGGGUUUGUGUUUGAAGGGAUCGAUGAAAAAUCAUUGAGUUCGGCUAUGGAUCGUGCAUUGGCAUUUUAUUCAGACAAGCCAGAUGAAUGGCAAAAACUUGUACUGAAGAUUAUGCAAAUUGAUAAUAGUUGGAAUAACGCAGCUGCAAAAUACGUAUCUAUCUACAACUCAGUGAGGGCGCAUUGACGAUAUCAGUGACAGCUUUGCCUGAGUUUUCAGCCUUUUUUCCAGAAAUAAACGACGAUGAUCGCUCUAGCCGGAGCGGGUGUUCCGACUUCAAAGAAGCUACUUUCUUCAACUAGUGUAGAACUGGAAAUUAGAUAUGUGAAUUCUUUGGAAUUUGUUAGAUGUAAUAUAAUGAAAGUUGCCAUGUUUUUUGUAGUAAAAUAUUUCUUCUUG